AUGACGGGCGAUGGCGAGGGGCGACGCGACGGCAGCUGGACGUCCGCAAUCCACUACUGUCAAUGUCUUGGCGCUAAGCCGCCCUGGGCCAGCCAGAGCGGAGACUCCACCCCGGAUCAGAUAUUCCCAAGCAACGCGGAGCUUAUCCAUCAUUCUCACUUACCUACGACGGAGCAAUCAGCUUGUUCCAGGAUGAGUGGUCCCGGUGAAGAACGAUGGCGCGGAGGUCGUCCGUACGAUCAAAACCGCCAGUCGGGACAGAGACACUCUAACUCGAGGAACAUGGGCGCACAUAGCGGGAAUCGCGGCGGACAGAGCUCAGCUCCCUGGACGGAUUCUCGCGAGCCACUCGCCACCGGGCCGUCUCAGGAGCAGCACGUUCCUGUGCGCGGGUUCAAUGCUGCAGAGUUGAAGGCAGCUUUACGGAGAGAGCCCAAGCCUUUCUUCUACCGACCAAGUGGAAAAGACGCAAACAACAACCGUGCCAGCGGACCCUGGGGUACAAAGCCCAACACGAUGGCGAACGGAAAGGACUUCUUCCUUGAGCUUCGCAAGCAGGUGACCGCGUUGCGCCAGGGAGCUACUGUUCCUGGAGGUUGA